GACGUGUGCCAGAUCAACUGUCGAGCCACUGCGACCUGCCUGGGCUUCAUCAGACAACAUGGACUGCGGAAUCAUCACCUCUAAGACCGUCCUCCUCUUCCUCAGUCUGGUCUUCUGGGCCGCAGGGGCCGGUUUGGCCUACGUGGGCGCCCAGGUGUUCAGAAGCUAUGGCACCUUCGAGAACUUCAUCCAGGACAGGUACACACUCAUUCCAGCCGCCGUCAUCAUCGGCAUCAGCGUGGUGAUGUUUAUCUUUGGCCUGCUGGGAUGCUGCGCCACCAUGAGGGAGUCUAAAGUGGGCCUGAGCUUUUUCUUUAUGAUCAUCAUGCUGAUGUUUGCAGCUGAGGUGGCCGCUCUGGUGCUCAGCUUCGUCUACCAAGGAAGGAUAAGCGGUGAUCUGGAGCGCUCCAUGAACAUCAUGUUUGCAAAGUAUGAUGGCGAAAACCCUGAGAUGAAAGCCGUGGACUACCUCCAGACUGAAUUGCAGUGCUGCGGCGUGAAGAACUACACCAGCUGGUCCAACACCACGUGGUCCCGCAGCCACAACAACACUGUGCCACUGUCCUGCUGUAAAAAUACCACCUCACAGUGCACCGGCAGGACGGACCAGUUGGACUUGCUGAAAUUAGACGGUUGUGAAGUCAAGCUAGAGCAGCUGCUGCACGGCAUCCUGGGAUACGCCAUGCUGGUCGUUCUAGGCUUUGCUAUCAUCAAGUUCUUCGGGAUGCUGAGCGUGUGCGUGAUCACAUGUCGAACUAACGGCCGGAGGAACGGCUACCAGCCUCUCUAUGCUUGAAAUCGUCACCGUAUCAUCACUGCCGCAUGAAUAUAAAACUGGUAUAGUACAGCAGCCAGCACCAAUGUUACUCAUUUUAUUUCAUUUUAUUUCUGAAUGUUGCAUUCAGGUGACAUUCCAUGGUAUCCUUUUUUGCCAUUAAUAGGAAUGAUUAAAUAACCACACAGGUUUUUGAGUUGCUCAUAUAUUGUAGUUGAUAGUGUAAAAACAUGACAAAAUAUUUUUUAAGUUGUCUU